AUGGCCGUCUUCCCCAACCUCCUGUGCUAUACCAUCCUUCUCUUCCAGUUUCUCACCACCCUCACCCUGCUCGUCCUCACCCCCAAAAGCUCCAGUCUGCGAUCCAUAUAUCUGCCAUUAAUGACAUGCAUGGCCUACCUUGAAUCCGCCCUCGUCAGUGUCGCUGACCAGAACAUCUUCGUCCAAGUCGCGACCAACGGCUGGCCCUUCACCAUGCUCAUGCACCAGACCAACCUUCUCCUGAUCACGGCCGUCGACCUGACCGCGCAGCAGAACACAAGAGACAGACUGGCAUCCGCACUCACCAUCCUCCCGAGUCCCCGUGGCAUCGGGACCGAUUGGCAGGCCAAGAAUGUCCCCGACUUCCCCGCCGUGUUUCGCGCGCUGCCUCCCAAACGCGGCCAAUUCCUGCGUAGGCAGAUGGCCAUUGCUGCGUGGCAGGGAGCUCUCAUGGCCCUCGUAUUCUCCCUCUUCAUCACGCACAAUCUGUGGGAUUCGGACGGGUCGUACCUCUACCGCUCGGGACGAGAAUUCUCCUACGCCAACCCCAGCGUCGCGCAGCUGCUGGCUCGGGUCAGAGUGACUUGGACGAUUGGUCUCCCCAUAUCGAUGCUCUUCCUGGACUCCCAGUACCGGAUAUGCUCUGCUCUUUGCGCGGCAGUUGGCUGGUCAAGCCCUGCUUCGUGGCCUCCGCUCUUCGGGAGCCUCGGGGACGCGUAUACCGUUCGUGGAUUCUGGGGCAAGUCCUGGCACCAGUACCUCCGAUGGCCUUUCACCAGCAUGUCAACGGCAAUCACCACCCGCGUCCUCCGCCUCCCCAAGCCCUCCCUGCCCGAGCGCUAUCUCAACCUGACCAUCGUAUUCCUCCUUUCCGGGACAAUGCACGUAACCGCCAACGUCACCAGCGGUAUCACAAAUGGAAAUCCCGGCACCCUGCUCUUUUUCCUCGCACAGGCGGGCGCCAUUAUCCUCGAGGACACCGUGCAACACUGCUGGACGGUCUUGCAGCGACGACGGGGGGUGAUUGAGAUGGAGAUGGAGACGCCCAUCUGGCAGCGGUGCGUGGGCUUCGUCUGGGUGUUUUGCUGGAUGGGUGCGACGUAUCCCUUGUGGUGGUAUCCGAUCAUGCGGGCGCUGGUGGUGUACAACUGGUCCGGGGUGUUGGGUGUUCUUCAGGCGCUGGGAUUGUCCCUGUCUUCGCUUCUCGCGGUGGUGGUGGGUGGGGGCGUCGUCCUGCGAGUACUUUUUGGGGCGGAGAUCUAG